AGCAACUGACCAAAUAAACUUACAUAUAACUAACUACCAAAUAAACAAAUACCUAAUCCAACUGAGCGGACCAAAACGCGCAUAUUCCCUAAGCUGUAAAAAAAAAAAUCAAUGUGAGACUUGUGCUUGUAAACAAACUGGAGACCAAACAGUAUCGAUUAUAUGGUUCUACAUAGGAAUAUUUAUAUUUAGCCUAACUUUUAAGUGUACAUAUGACCAGAACGGAAUACAAACUUGGUAAAAGCUUUAAACUAGUCAAAUAAGAGCGGAAAGAGGCAAAACCAACUCGAAUUUGCUGUCAAUUCUCGUGUGUACUGUGUAACUGAACGUGUAAACUGUAGACUGUGCUAUAAACAUAUUCAACCUAUUUAUAUUAUCCAACCAUAUACAACACACUAGUGUCGAGAAAAAGCAUUUAGAUCGGGCAAGUUACAGAGACCGCUUUCAGAAUGUCAAUGUUCUUCUUUCGAUUGCAUAACCUGCAGCGCGCCGAGGAGAACAAGCGCAAGAAGCGCGUGGAGCAGCAGCGCCAGCAGCAACGCCAGCGGAGGGGGGCCAAGGUGUUCAAGUGUGUCAGUGAUUCCACCGGCCACCUGACCUUGGCCCCCUCGCGCCUCUUCGAGCGCACGCCGAUGAGCCCCUCGGACAGUCUGGACGAGAUCGCUCUCCAGAUCCCCAGAGUUCGGGUGGAGUACUAUGUGAACGAAAACACAUUCAAAGAAAGACUGCAACUCUAUUUCAUUAAGAAUCAGCGUUCAAGCCUGCGCAUACGAAUCGCCGACUUAUUCCUUAAGUUACUGUCGUGUGUUCUCUACAUAAUACGUGUGAUAUUGGAUAAAAAUCCAACAUUUAUAACAUGCUAUGGCUGCGAAGUGGGCAAUAAGACGGAGUUCAUCAUCUCGGCCAAACUGACGGAGGAGGAGUUCCAGGAGAAUCCAAUCAUUAACUGGGACGCAAUACUCUGGGUGAAUCGGCCAACAGUGCUCUGGGUCCUGCAGCUGCUUCUAGCCAUGGUGUCGCUAACGCAAUCCUUGGUUCUCACAUAUCUAGGCUAUAAGGGCAACAUCUGGCAGCAGAUACUCUCCUUUCACUUUAUACUAGAAUUAGUAACGACAAUACCCUUUGCACUUACGAUUGUCCAUCCCCCGCUAAGAAAUUUAUUCAUUCCCAUUUUCCUCAAUUGCUGGCUGGCCAAGCGAUCGCUGGAGAACAUGUUUAAUGACCUCCAUCGCGCCAUGCAAAAGUCCCAGUCAGCCCUCUCCCAGCAGUUGACCAUUCUAUCAGCCACACUGCUGUGUUUGGUCUUCACGAGCGUUUGUGGUAUCCAGCACUUUCAGCGCGCUGGCCAUCGACAUUUGAAUCUCUUUCAGAGCACAUACUAUGUGGUUGUGACCUUCUCCACAGUGGGAUACGGCGACUUUGUGCCGGACAUUUGGCCCUCGCAGCUUUAUAUGGUCAUCAUGAUUUGUGUCGCCCUCAUUGUGUUGCCCACGCAGUUUGAGCAGCUCGCCUUCACGUGGAUGGAGCGCCAAAAGCUGGGCGGCAGUUACAGUUCACAUCGCGCCCAAAGCGAAAAGCACGUGGUGGUGUGCUCCACCACCCUGCAUGCGGACACCAUAAUGGACUUCCUCAACGAGUUCUAUGCCCAUCCCCUGCUGCAGGACUUCUAUGUGGUGCUGCUCAGUCCCAUGGAGCUGGACACGACGAUGCGGAUGAUCCUGCAGGUGCCCAUUUGGGCGCAGCGCGUCAUCUACAUUCAGGGAUCAUGUCUAAAGGAUGGCGACUUGGCGCGCGCCAGGAUGAACGAGGCAGAGGCGUGCUUUAUCCUGGCGGCCAGAAAUUAUGCGGACAAAACGGCCGCCGACGAGCAUACCAUUCUACGUUCCUGGGCCGUCAAGGACUUCGCACCGAAUGUACCGCAGUAUGUGCAGAUAUUCAGACCUGAGCACAAGCUGCAUGUGAAGUUCGCGGAGCACGUGGUCUGCGAGGACGAGUUCAAGUACGCCCUACUGGCCAACAACUGCACCUGUCCCGGCGCCAGCACACUGGUCACCCUGCUGCUCCACACAUCCCGCGGACAGGAGGGCCAGCAGAGUCCGGAGGAAUGGCACCGUCUGUACGGCAAGUGUUCCGGAAACGAGAUCUACCACAUCGUCCUGGGCGACAGUCGAUUCUUUGGCGAGUACGAGGGCAAGAGCUUCACCUACGCCAGCUUCCAUUCGCAUCGCAAAUAUGGAGUGGCCCUGGUGGGCGUGCGACCGGCGGAGCUGCCGGAAUUCUACGAGGAAACCAUUCUAUUGAAUCCCGGACCCAGGCACAUUAUGAAAAAGGAUGACACGUGCUAUUACAUGAGCAUCACCAAGGAAGAGAAUUCCGCAUUUGUCGUUAAUCAAAAUCAAACAUCGGACCCCACGGCAGCUGCCAAGGAGGGGAGCGGGACAGGGGGCGGAGGCGGUGCCUCCUCAUCCGCCUCCCACCACCACACUGCUGCAACUGCUAGCGAAAAUCCGACGGCUGUGAUAAUCUCGGACUCUAGGCAGAACCUCAAGGACACGACGGUGACCCAGACGGCGGCAACGAUAACCACAACGACUCUGCCGCCACCGCCCCAGACGAUGGGAUCCCCCAGCAUGGCGGGCGGAUCGGGUGGAUGUGGUGGAGGCGGCCUCGGCUUGGGCAGUGCCCACAGCAUGGGCACCUCGCUCAGUAUCACCCCAGCCACACUGACCACCACGGGCAAUCACCUGGAUGUGCCCUUUGCCAACAAUCCCAACCUGCUCAGCCCAGAUGUGCUCAACCAGCGGAGGGGUAGUAGACGUCCCUCGAUCCUACCCGUGCCCGACAUGUUCACCUCCUCCUCAUUCAGCAUCGCCGGCAACGACGAUGGUGAAGAGGGGGACGAGAGUGAUGAUGAGAUCGACGACGAGAUGCCCUGGCGUUCGCCAUCCGAGAAGAUUGCCUGCUUGGGCGGGCACUUUCCACAAUCGCGCACCUAUUCGCUCAUCAUGAGCUCCUCGGAGGAUUCGUAUCAGCGCGGUUGCAGCUUCUGCAGUGCCACUGCUUCCGCUUCCGCUGCUGCUGUUGCUGUUGCUGUUGCUGCUGCUCCUGCUCCUGCUCCUGCUCCUGCAUAUCCAAGUGAUUCUGCAGGCGAGUCCGGAACUAAUGCCGAUUCCGCUGCCAUGCCAUCCGAGGAGUAUCUACCGCAGUUGCGCAGGCGCGUCAUGAAAAAGAGCUACAGCUGCGAUAGUGAGUGCCGCUCGGUGCCCGGAAUGGGAAUGGGCAUGGCCAUGGGUGUGGGUCUGGGUGGAGGAACUCUGGCCAGACUGGCGGCCAGAAGGCGUCAGUUGCAGCGAUGUUCCUCCUGCAGUUGCUCCACUGCCACAACAACAACCACGCCGGCGGUGGCAGCGACAACAGCAAUGGCAGCAGGAAGUGGGGCAACGGCAUUCACGUCGAGCAGUUCCGUAGAGACACGUCGACCGGUGCGUCCGGUUUGGGUCUACGACUACUCCUGCAUCGUCAAGGGGUUUCCACCUGUGUCACCCUUCAUUGGCGUUAGUCCCACGCUCUGCUAUUUGCUCAAAGAGAAGAAGCCACUCUGCUGUUUGCAGUUGGCUCAGGUCUGCGAGCACUGCAGCUAUCGAAACGCAAAGGAGUACCAGUGGCAGAACAAGACGAUUAUCCUGGCUGCGGAUUACGCCUCCAAUGGCAUAUACAACUUCAUCAUCCCGCUGAGAGCUCACUUCCGAUCGAAGACCUCGCUGAAUCCCAUCAUCCUGCUUCUGGAGAGAAGGCCAGAUGUGGCCUUCCUAGAUGCGUUGUCUUAUUUUCCUUUGGUCUACUGGAUGCUGGGAUCGAUCGACUGCCUGGACGAUCUGCUGAGGGCUGGCAUCACAUUGGCAGAAAGUGUGGUGGUGGUCAACAAGGAGCUCUCCAAUUCGGCCGAGGAGGACUCCCUCUCAGACUGCAACACCAUAGUGGCCGUGCAGAAUAUGUUCAAAUUCUUUCCCAGCAUCAAGAGCAUUACCGAGCUGUCGCAGAGCUCCAACAUGAGAUUCAUGCAGUUCCGGGCCCACGACAAGUAUGCCCUCCAUCUGAGCAAAAUGGAGAAGCGCGAGAAGGAGCGCGGGUCGCAUAUCUCCUAUAUGUUCCGUCUGCCCUUUGCCGCAGGAGCCGUGUUCAGUGCCUCCAUGUUGGACACCCUGCUGUACCAGGCCUUCGUGAAGGACUAUGUGAUUACCUUUGUGCGGUUGCUGCUUGGCAUUGACCAGGCGCCGGGCAGUGGGUUCUUGACCUCGAUGCGCAUCACCAAGGACGACAUGUGGAUACGCACCUAUGGUCGGCUGUACCAGAAGCUGUGCUCCACCACCUGCGAAAUACCCAUUGGCAUUUACCGCACGCAGGACACCUCGAAUGCGGACACGUCUCAUUACGACGAGGAGACCGGCACGCCCGACUCGACGAAGGACUCGACGGAAAUGCUGCGCGGGGUCACCUAUCGUCCGCCUGGGUCGGCAACAGGUGGCGCCAGCAGCUUCCGGCCUCAGCCGCAACGACAGCGGUCGGUCAACUGCCUGGGCGGUUGCUCGGAGCGCAAGGGAUCAUCCUACUCCAUCAAUCUGGCCGACGAGGCGAGGGAUAACCACGCUCAGCAGAUCGAGCGGGCGGAGAUCGCGAAUCUCGUGCGAAGUCGGAUGGAGUCUCUGAAUCUACCCACGAUCGACUACGACGAUGUGAGCGAGAAACGCAACCACCUGUCCUAUGUGAUAAUCAACCCGAGCUGUGAUCUCAAACUGGAGGAAGGCGAUCUCAUAUACUUGGUGAGGCCGUCGCCGUUCUCUGCCCAAAAGACAUUCGAGCGACACAACUCGCGCCGCAAGUCGAACAUCUCGUUCUGCUCGAACAUCAACCUGGGUGCCACAUGCGGCCCUCAGAUGCCGCAGAUGAACAUGAACAUGGCCAACACCGCCGUCGGGGCUGGAUCGCGUCGAGGAUCCGGCAUUGCCGGAUUGAACCCCAUGCAAAUGCAGAGCGUUCAGACCUUGGCCGGGUAUGGAUCAUCCUCGCAGCGCUGUAGUCCCCCGAUGCAGCAAAUUAAAUCGAAUUCUCUUUCUCUACCCGACAGUCCGACGGUGGUUGGCAAUCAGCGAGGACGGAGUAACUCAUUGCGGAUCGACAACGAUAUACUGCUGCGUCGAUCCUCGUCCCUGCGACAGGGCCUUCCCAGCGUGGGCGUCAGCCACGGCCGGAGAAAGUCGUCGCUGGAAGAGAUCGGCAUAAGUCACUUCACUACCCUCAUGCAGGCAACGAACCAUAGUAAUCCCAUUAAGAUAUCCCUAAACGGUAGCAUCGGUAUGGAGAACCAGAUCUCCUUGCAGGUGACGCCGCCCGAGGAGCCCACACCCAUGUUAGGUGUGCCAUGUAUGUUAGGCGGUGGCGGUGGAGGUGGCAUUAACCCAUCUGGAGCGGGUUCCUCCACCGGCGGCAUGCUGGGUGGUGGCUCCUCACUGGCAAUCAAUACCGCUGACCUGGGACCCGGACCAAGUACCUCAUCGGGCGCCAGUGGAUCACUGCAAGCACAGGACUCGCUGGGACAGCAGUCAUCUCAGGUGUCAUCGCCACAGCAUUUGCAGGGAACGAUCGUAUGAUACAACCUGAUGUGGGGGCGCCGACUCCGCUCCUCCAUGUCGAAAAACAAGUGGAUAUAGAAUACGGCCAGCACACACAGACACACCCGUAGAGAUAAGUUCUAGGCAGAGCGAAAGUAUUAGGAACCCAACCAAAUAAACCCACCCACCCCAAAGGCUGUCUGUGGUGUGCGUUCCCGGUUAAGUCACUUCGAGUCCCAUUAGAUUAGUCUCCUACGUUUAAUAGAUCAGUAGGAAGUGGCGCGUGCUUAUCAGUUUAUCGCUAGGAAGUAGGCUUAUAUUGUAUAUUGCAUGUUUUGCAAAUUAGUUGUAAGCUAUGAACAUGUCGGCUUUGCACAAAGGAAGCCGCGGCAAAUUGUGUUUUGGGAACAACAAAUGUAGUUAAACUAUUGGAUAGGGGAUUGGAUAUAGAAGAUGAUUGAGAAAACUGUAUAACUGUAUAUAUCGAAUGCCUAGUUCUAAGCCAGGUGUAGCAAACUAUCAAAUAGAUCGGGCUUAAACGCAAAAACCAUGUAUAUACCUUAGGUAUGACCACUUAGUUGGGCUUCAGCUCGGUUUAGCUUCCCCUUCCUUCGGGAGGAUCUUCCUCUGACCCACGUAUAACCCCAUAUAGAUACAUAUAUGAAGGUGCUAUCAAUGUCUUGUACUAUACACACAUUCAGAUUCACAUUUUGUAAAACUACUAGGAGUGUUUUACGUAAUUAUAGGAGAAAAGGAGGAGAAAAACAAACCAGAAAGUGAAACGGUUUUCAUAACAUAAAUUGGAACGGGCUUUGGUAUACUCUAAUGCUUUACAAAACCAACAGAAAUAUGUAUACAUAUAGUAAAAUAAAUCAAAGAAUUUGUAUAUAAACUAUGUGAGUAAGAACCAAACAUGCAUUAAAACUUAAAAAAAAAAAGGAAAAACAAACUACUAGAACUUUAUGAACAAAACUUAAUUCGAAAGACAACAGAAUUUAGAUAUAGAAUUUAGAGUUAACUAUUUAAGGCUAGUUCGAACCAAGGAUCAAGUAUCGGAAACUGUACCAAAUUCAAUGAGCUAUGUGAACCAGCGUUCGCAUCUAACACAACCCUGUAGCAAAGUGUAACUCAAUUCGGUCCCAGCUAUAGGCUCUUUAGAAAUUAAUUAAAGCAAACUAUGUACCUACUCAACCACAUGCCACAUGCCACAUACCACACAAACAUUCACACUCACAAAAAUGUUAGUUAAAGCACUUACGUCAGUUUUAUAAGUAAAUUUUAGUCAACGAUGACGAUGAAAUGCAUUCCAGUGUCUCGAGGGAUUACCUAGUUUAGCUUAUGCCUAGCACCCCAGAAACCUAUUUAUAUAGACAUAUAUAGUUCCGUAUAUUACUAAAAUGAAUCUGUACAUCUGCAACCACAUAGGCCACAUAGAUCAAAUCGAUGUCUCAAUGUACAAAAGUAGUUAACUGAGCCGCAAUUGGCAUUGGCUGCGGCAUUAGAGAUACGAUUAGUGCGGACUAGGGUAUAAACUUGCUGUAAUAUUUAUCGGCGCCUUGCUCUUUAAGGCAUGCCGAGCAGAACUCACAAUAAACUCAAAAUAUAGUUGGAAAUAAAUAUGAGCC